AUGGAGGGUGACACUACGCCGCUACUCGGUUCGGAACGCUCUUACCGCAGCGAAGAGGCUGGAGGCGACUUUCCACCAACCAUGGAUGGCAAUGAUGCUUCCGCCGCCACGUCUUCAGCAACACCACGUCCGGUGACUCCCUUUGUCGCCGAACUACCGAUUAUUCAUAGCCCAUCGUUACCGGCAGUCAUACACAGCUCAGGCCCUAGGCUGUCCGUCCUCCAGUCGUUCAGGCUUAGCAAGUUAUACCGCAAUCGGUUCCUAUCGCCUACAGAACUGUCCUGCCAUACCGACCACUCCACAGCACAGAUGGAGUCGCAAAUUCAAAAUGACGACAAGAGCCUAAUAAUCGAAAUACUGUCACCCGUUCUCGACCACCUGAAGGAACUGAAGGCGUUGACACCCGAGAGUCUACAGGACCACAAUCAGACCCUCAACAACGAGACGCACGCUCAGGUUCUUAAGCAGAAGCUGCUACCGAUAGGUCAGCUUAUCGUGGACAGCCUCGAAACAGUCCCACUGGACCACCGGGGUUGGUUGGAGGGAGCUAUAUGCCAUCACAUCGCCGACAAUUACUGGCCGCUGCCUGUCAACUUCUUCACCCAUCUGAAGAUCCAGGAGAAAUACCGCAAUGCGCUCUUCAGGUUGGCGCAGCGCACACCUGCCGGAGCCAUCGAGCCGCAUCCCAACAAGGACUCUCAGCAGCCUCAAGCACCAGCUAUCGAGCCUGAUCCGCCCCAACCAUCGCUGGACCCGAGGGAUAAUCCGGACACGCCACCAUUCCCCAAAUCGACCGCUGAGCAACCUCAAGCAUCAGCUAUCGAGCAAGAUCCGCCCCACCCGUCGCUGGAACCGAGGGAUGAUUCGGAUACCACUGCACCAUUUCCCGGAUUGUCCAUUCAGCAGCUACAAUCAUCAGUCGUUCAGGCCGCUCCGGGCUCUGGGGACUUUCUAGAUCUAAACUUUUACGAGUUGAGAGCAGAGGCUAUUGAAGAGGCCGAUGCGAGGGACUUGGACAACGCUAAGCCUGAUCCUAACACCAUCCUUUACAACUACAUGCUGCCCCCCGAUCAUAUGACCAAAUGUGUCAUACCAUUAUUUGCGACACGCGGCCUGCUGGCAGAUCUUGAGCUCGGCGUGGCCACGAAGAUGAGCCACGAGUAUCAAGACUCUAGGCAAAACCUGAGUGCAAUGCUCGAUUAUGACAUGCGUUGUUGCAUCCUCUUUCUGACUCGCAAACGGCCCGAUCUCCAACCAUUCGAAGUACUGUGGUGCGCUAGAAUGAUAAAAGCCCCAGAUUUCGACCACGUUGACCAAUACCUUUGGAACGCGAUGAGGGUGCUUGAGAUCUAUACUAGACCUCUGGUUACAAAAGAAAGUGUAUUCCUCUGGAUCGAUUCCUUUCGUCUUGAGAACAUCGACGUCAUCUACGAUUUACGCCUAGAUGGCGCGAAAGCUCGAAAGAAAUUGUUCGAUUACCUCGAAGAGAGGCAUCCUGGUGGCGAAUCCAUAUGGCACAGCCUCGUGCAGAACUUCCACAGCCAUGAUGUAGUCAAAUUUCCAGAGUACGCUACUCGACCACGCUCAAUCGAAACCAUUACUACCUGGGUAUAUUUCUUCACAGAGGCUCGACAGGGUGUUCUACUGAAGGGAAUGGACUUCGACGCAUUAGUCCUCGAUGAAGCUGUAGCAGCUGUAGCAGCGGAGCAAAAGAAACCGAAAAAGAAGAACAAGCCGAGGAAACGUAAAGGUGCCAAAUCGGGGGAGCUGCCUGAUGAGAAGGAGCUGCCAGUUGCUCAAGAGAAGUGCACAUCUCAAGACCUUCCUGUGUCUCUUGAACAACCUCCACAGAGGGACGACACGACACCGCAAGAGGAGUCUGUAACUCAAGAACAACACACAUCCCCAGAGCAAGCUCUACCCCAGGAAGAGCCCCAAACCAAAAAGCAGCGCUUAUCUCGAGAGCUAUCGACUACGCCUACACCUUGUGGACCUACACCCUUUUCAACGCUGGAAGAGAAGGAGAAGAGCGAGCAGAAGCAGUCAACAGAGCAGUUAAAGAAGCAAAGAAAGAAGCAAUCGAGAUGGGAGAGGAAACAUGGCAAGGCAGGAAAAUCCGACGCUAACAAGCAAGCAGCCUCAAUCACGGUGGAGGAGUCUUCGCCAUCCGUUGUCGCGAAGGCCGAUGACGGUGGUGACAGUGUUACUGGAAACGCCAACAAGGAUAACGACGGUGUUAUUGGCAGCAGUGUUAUCAACGACGGUGGUGACCUUGGUGGCCACUUGUCUGCGGCUGAUUCGGUUCCUAGCGAUGAAGCGCCUACCAAUCAAGAGACGGUUCAAGAGCAUCCAAGCAACAGGUACGAAGUUUUGAUGGCCAAGCCGUCGAAACACGCUGGGAAGUCCACCGGAAAGCUAGCGUUCCAUGCCGAUAGUGAAGAUGACAUGAAGAAGGCCAUGGAGGAGAGUCUUCUGAACGACCCGGGUAGUUGGUCAAAGGUGCAAGGGCGCGCGAAAGUGCGACCAAAGCAGAAGCAGAAACAGCGCACCGACGAUCGCAAGAGUAUCCAAGAUGCGUACAAAGAGAGAGGCUAUGCAACUGCUGUUACCGAUGCACAGUUGGACAGGGCAAGAGCUGAAGUGAAAUCGAGAGAGGCACGGGCGGACUAUCUCAGAUCAAAAAUAACGAGAUUGUCUGCUCUGAUACCAGGUGAGGGCAGCGCCGAAUCAAUCAAAGAACACAACAGUACCGCUUGCGGGCAGCCUACAUCCUGGUCAGCGCUUUUCAAACCUACGGAGAAUGACACGGGGCGCAACCCUCCUCAAGAAGCCGCUCCGUCUACGAAUGCUGUCGACACGCGACCGCGUACCGCAACUGCCACGGAGAACCGUGAACCCAUUCAAGAGAGCGCACAAUCUGCGAGCCAUCACAUUCUUGCGCAAUCAGAACCACCCGUAAGGCAAGAGCAAUUCAAGGACUCAAAGCCAUCCAAGGUUGUUGCCGGCGCGGCAUCGACUCCCACAUCAGGCACAGAGAACAGUGAGUCUAUCAAGGAGACCGUACGGCCUGUGAGCCAUCACACGACUAUGCAAUCAGAACCACCAGUUCAUCAAGAGAGUCUCAAGGAUCUGAAGCUGUCUAAGGACGUGGCGGGCGCAGGAUCGACUUCCACGUCAGGCACGGAGAAGAGCAAUUCCACCAAGGAGACAGUACAGCCUGUAGAUUCUCAGAAUGUUGCGGAGCAAGAAGGUCCGGCAGAUAAGGGGGCAUCCGGGGACUUUACACCAUCUGAAGAUGCUGCGGGUGCGGGAUCGACUUCCACAUCUGGCAUAGAGAACAGCAGUCCGAUCAAGGAGACGGUACUGCCUGCGGAGCCUCAAGAUAUUGCGCAAUCGGAGCAUCCGGUAGAGAAGAAGGAAUCCAGGGACCUCGCGCCAUGCGAAGAUGCUGCUGGUGCAAAAUCAACUCCUGCGCCCAGCGCAAGGAACGAAGGCUCCACGACAGAGAGCGCACAAACUGUCGACCCUCACUCGUUUGCGCAGACAAGCAUACCGAUGGAUGAGGAGGCUCCCGAACCUCAUCAUAGUCGUGAGGCCAGCUCGCCGCCACCUGCGAAUUCUCACGCUCCUGCGCAACCGCAAUCGUCGCUGGAUGAAGAGGCCUCCAAAGACUACGACGGUCAUGAGGACGACAUAGAGUCGCUUCCGAAAGUCAGUACCCCAAACCAGCCGUUAGUUGUGGUCGACUCGGCUGUGUCGCAUGUGGAGCAGUGGCUUGCAAGCAAAUACUCGGCUGCCUUCGCCGGGCUCACGCAGGCGGAAAUAGACAAUGCGCACUGGCGCCCUCAGGACUCGGAAGUGACUUAG